UACAUUGAAACUGUAAUUAGUUGAAAUGGUUGGCGUCAGUGAAGAAAUUGUGAGAAAUAAGGUCGUUUGUGUUUCCCGUAACAAAAGGGAAUGUUUGAUCUAUUGAUCAAACAAUGCGUAUUCCGGUCACUAUUAAUCCAAAUACUUUAAAAACUUAUAAUUGUUACAAUGAAAGCAACAUCGCGAAAAAUACUUUGCGGAGUGAUAAUCUGUCAAACUGGGAUCGAACCCUACCUAAGAGUUUGCAAGAACUUUGCCUGGAAGCCAUCGCAAAAAAUUGGGAAGAAAAACCAAUUUUGGAAGAAAUAGUUGUAACAAUCGAUCGCUGCCUUCUGCUAAACAUUUUACCAACCGAUCUCCCCCUGACACUAACAGUGCCAAAGAUCGAUGGUGAUGUUUACUGGAAACGAUGUUAUUUGCAAAAGUGGCCAAAAUCAAUUCCUGAAAAUGUUUCACUAGACGUCCAAAUAAACGAAAUUGUAAAAGUGAGCAACAGCAGAAAAAGUAGCGAAGAGAGUGAAAGAUCGCGAAAAUCAAGCACAACUGAGCAUUUUAAGAGAACUUGGAAAGAAUGUUUUCUUGAAACACAUAUUUGUGAAUAUUUAGAGAAACUCAAACCUGAAGAUUAUGAUGCUGAAAAAAUCAAAGAAUUGGCCGACUUGUGUACUGAUUACGUUAAAAUUUUAAACAUACGGGAAUUGCAAUGUUCAGAAAAUUCCCCGAACCGGAUUCCUCUAAAUGCAAUAACAUCAGGGUUGGAAAAUCUAACUGAACUGUCAAUUUGCUUUAAACAGACCUAUGUUGGAGAAAAAUUCACCUGGGACACAGUUAGAGUUUCGUCAAAAGACAUCAGAUUGUUAGCGAAAGGACUGGAAAAGUGUAAAUUAAGAUGUUUCAGAUUAAAAAAUUCUGAUAUUGAUGACGAAAAAGCCGUAAUAAUUUUAAAAUCUCUUUUAAAACAUGAAUUAGAAACACUGGAUUUUUCACACUGCCGAAUCCGAGACUACGGUGCAGUGGCUAUAAGUAAAUUUUGUUUAGAAAAUUCUGUUAGUAAUUUAAUUUUAACAAACAAUCGUAUUGGAGCCAAAGGAAUUGAAUCCUUAUCUUACGUGAUUUGUAGCUCUGCUUGCAAUUUAAAAAGUCUUAAUUUAAAAUUAAAUCCAAUUAGUCAGAGAGGCGUCGCAAUUUUAAUGAAACCUUUGACGAUAAGUGCACGGAAAAUAAAAACAUUGCAUUUAAACGCAUGUGGAGUGGGCCAUAUUUCGACUUUAGGCGAAAUGAUUGAACACAAUUCGCAUUUGGAGCAUUUGGAUUUGAGUAAUAACUCUUUAGGAGAGGAAAUGGGUAAAGUUAUUCUGAAAGGCUUGAGAUACAAUACGACUUUAAAAAACUUAGAUGUAAGAAUGUGCAAGUUAAAUUCAGCGGACGAAUUUGAGAUUCUUCAAAGAAUUAAUAAAAACAGAAUUGCGAUGAAGCGACCAAGAACCGCCAGGAAUCCUAUUAUUAUCGAACCGCAAUAUAAAUUUGAAAUAUCUGAUGAAUUGUUAUCUGAGAUAGAAAAUGUAUUUCAGAGUGAUGAAACGGACGAGGCAUCAACUGAGCUUACAGACUAAUAAAUUAAAAUCACUUUUUGUAAUUUAUUGGCAAAAAAAUUAUAAAUAAAAUAUUUCAUACGU